GUGCUCACUGAAGCGAAGGCUUAUCUCAAGCACGCGAAAGAAAUCGCCGUCAUGAUGCUGCAAGACGACAUUCACAAGAUGCCUGACUACGACGUCUGGUACGCCGAGCUCGAGGACCUGUCCGCGGACGACGCGCUGUCCCGGCACUACGCGCUGUUCGAGUGCGAGGAGCAGUACGACGUGUGCAACACCGGCAUCGUCACGUUCGAGGAGCUGCACACCCACUGGCGCACGGCUCAUCCGCAGACCGCGUGGGGUACUGCGGGUCCUCCCCAACUGCACGUCGCACCUGGUACCCCGGCCAAGCUCCUCACGCGGAUCAGGUGCCGAGGGAGCUACCGGGUUGGUGGCGAGAUGCUUGACGCUGUGCGCUUGCCGCGGCACUCGCCAAGGAGCGUGCUGGACGAACUCAUCAAGAGCGGGAGGCUGUAUUGUGCGUGCGGAGACCCAUCAAUGCCACCGCCCACGGAGCUUGACUGGCUCAAACUGUAUUCGCACGUUUCUGGCCACAUCGACAAGUUCCAGCGACGCAUCGACGAUUUACCGAAGACUCCCGAUCCCAAGUUCGUCCUGACGUCCAACCACCUCCUGACCGGCCCUGGUUCAUGUAUGCGCCUCCUUCCGAAACGUGCAAAAACCGCGCCCGCUUUCGCGCGCAUUGCGGUCGACAGCGAAACGCGGGCGAGGAUCGAAGCGCGGCUCGCAUCGUGCCCGAAACCGGAGGCGAUUGCGCUGUGCCGCAGCUGCAGGACGCUCACCGCGCGGAGUCGGUUGAAGCACGGCUCCGUCGUGCGGGCGCUGACGCUUCCCUCCACCCCAGAGGGCAUCGUCUAUCACUUGCGCGGAUGGCAUGAGAAGGAGUUUGAAGAUAGGGACAUCGUGUGGGACACGCGCUAUGCCCUGUAGAAGGCUCGAGAAUCGCGCGAGCAGGCGUGCGACCCCGAGUAUCUGGAUCGUUAUUGAUCCAAACCAGAUUCGCACUUACCUUCGAGCCCCAAUACGAGUAUAGCUUAGGCAGCGUUGUCGACCAUGCUACAGCGUGCAGUUGGGGGAACC